AUGACUAACGAAGAUGAUCACAAGCAGAUGCAAAUAAAAAUACUAUAUUCGUUUGAUGAUAAUCCAACAACAUUCCUAUCAAGGUCAUCACAACAAUUUUCGGUGCAAACGGCAGAAGUUCCAAUUCACUCCUCAUUAUCUGACGAGCCUGAGCUAAUUACAUUAGGGGCACUUGAACUCCGAAGCUGUAUAAAGCAGCUACUUCAGUCUAAUCCUGAAAAUUUCAAGCUCCAUUCGGAAGAUUAUGCUGUCUAUUAUAAGGAUAUUACUGAACAACCAGAUGAGCCAUUCGUUUCAAACGGUGUGCUCUCAUCUCUAGUUUCUUCAAAAGAGUCGUGUCUUAUUCCUGGAAGAGUAUGUCAGAACGUGUCAGCCAACUUUCUAUUUGGUAACAAGAAGAAAGCAUCAUCGUUAACGUUAGAGAUCAGGUUAAAACUACAUACUAUUGAAGGUAGACCAGCUUUUCCGCCACCUGCAAAUUUGUCGCAGCUGCAGCAACAACAACAACGUCAUCAGCAACAAUCUAGACAGCCACUUUCAACUAUUAAUAGCUCACAUGUUGACAGAAAAAGGCCGUACGAGUCCCUAAACAAGUCAACAAAUUACUCAGCCAAGGCAACAAGAACAUUGUCGUUACCUUCCUAUUCAAAUAUACAAAACAUACAACAAGCUGAUCGCACCAAUACCACCACGCGAUAUAAUAGAGAAAAUGUUGAAAAUCGCUUUAAGCUGGCGCCUUUUUUUCAAGAAAAAGCAGUGUAUGAUAGUGGUAAAAAGAGACCAAAGUACUCUUCUGGAACUAUGCCACUACAACAAAACAAACCAAGUCUGACUCCGUCUCAACUAAUUCCACAAAGAGCUGUUCGUACCAGGUCUAUGUUUACAAAUACACCCAUAAUGGUCUCGUCACCGAUUAACGAAGAAACGUACUCAUCUGAUGACCCCGAAUACAAAGCUAAUGAAGAUAAUGAUGAAAAUAUUGAAGAAGAAGAGGAAGAUGAAGAUGAAGAUUACAAUGCUACUUCGCCAUAUACCCCUCAACAACCGCCAUAUGUAAAUAAGGAAACUCCACCAGAAUUACCUGAAGAUUUGGACAGCAGGCGCACUCAUACAAUCACUAGUGCCAAAUUACCCGAAAAUCAUGGAUUGGUUUGUAUCAACUCAUGUUGUCGGACUCAAUCGUCAAUUGCAUGGAAAUAUUUCGAGACGGAAUACAAGCCCCAUUUCUCAGCUCUUAUACGGGCCACUGAAUUCGAUAAAAAGCAUUAUGAGGGAAUGCUUGGUCCUUUAUGUAAUGCAUGUUUUCUUUUUUACAAAAAUAAAGGUUUCAUGAGACCCGAACAUGUUGUGAGAAAGUACAAUCAGCAACAACGAUACACUCAGAAAUUGAAAAUGAAGAACUCAAAAGAGGAGGAAUCGGAGGAUUCCAAAUCAACGUCACUUAAUGCCAUUGCUAAUAAAAAGAGUUUCCAUUCUUCACCGAAAACGUUUCCAACCCCAUCACAUACGCCAUCGGCAAUCAACCAAGUUAUACAAAAUAAGUAUCAUAGUGGUCAGAACCAUCAUCAUUAUCCAAAUCCUUUACCUUCAGGACAAACACCAGAUUACCAUGAUAUACUAAACCAACUCAAUGUUUAUGGUGGUCCAUCAACUGAUAUUGAUCCACUACCAGGUGCCACGCCACCAAUGCUUGCAACAAAGUCCAAUACUCGAAUCAUCAAUGUACCGGAUAACGAUACUAAACGAGCAACAAAGCAAAACACUACAGUUAUUGAUUUCUAUGAAACUGAAGAUAAAGAAAAUUGUCCACCACAAGAAGUCACUAACAAGGAAAUUGCGGAACUUGAUGCCAUGUUACAAUCAAUCCACGAAGAUUCAAAUACAAAUUGGAUGAGUCUUUUCAAUGAUUCAGUUAGGAAAGACGAAAAUAGUCCCAAUUCCAAAACACCAGUUGAUCAAAAUCCAAUUACAUUAUUAAAAAAAUCGUCAAUCAAUUCGCCUUCGCAUUCUUCAAAUAAACUGUCAAUGGCAAAUAUGCCUAGUUCUCCGUACUUGUCAACUCAGUCACAAGGUGAAAACAUUCAUAAUGGAUUGGACGAUGUAUUGGGAAGUGCGACAUUUAAACAAGGUGGUAGUGACUCAUCACCGCAACAUGCAAGUAGAACAGAUACAGCAACACUGUUGAUGAAUUGGCAACAUAAUACAAGUAAUUCGGCCUUGAAGGAUUUGGGUUCAACGCCUAAUACUGAUUUCUUUUCUAAUGUUGAUCAUGAUGAUGAUAAGUAUGAUGGGAAUAAGAGUGUUGAUGUGAGUGCGGAGAAUAUGGAGACUAUUUAG